AUCAAUGUUUGCAAUGUACACUAAAUCAGUAACACUGCAAAAGCAGCGUAGAUAGCAUUAUGGAACCUGCGUCAGUAUGUUUUCACUCACCACAUCCCACCUGUAUACUUCUCUCGCCUCACCAACCACCUCCCAAAACAACCUCCCUUAUCCCAACACCUACGCCCUCAAGCCAAAUCCACACACACAACCAAGAUGCCUAGCACCACAACCAACCCCCUCACAACCUCCACCACCACCACCGAAGCCGACCAAAUCGCCUCCCUGCACCUCAUAGCAGACAGCAUCGCCCAACAACGCCAACUCGCCGCCCGGUCCAUGCUCACCCACCCGGCCAUGCUCUCCUGCCUUACCUUCUUCCUCAUCAUAACCUACUUCUUCACUCGCGCACUCAGCACCACCUCAUCCUCCGAAGGAGACGAUACCUGGCCUUACCUUCUACUCAUCACCUGGCCCGCCUGCAUCAUGGUGUAUCUCCUCGCCGCGGCGCACACAACACACCCAUACCUAGAGAAAGCAGGCCGUACGGGGACCUGGGUGUGGUUGUGGAGGGGAGGGACGAGGUAUAAGCAUCGGCGGAGAGAGCGAUCACCUUCACCAUCUCGACCUGCGUCGUCGUCGUUAUCUUCUACAUCUAAAGUGGGAGAUGAUACCCGCGUGCAGAAAUAUCACCACAAGGCAGAAAGACACGAAGAAGACGAGAAGGAAGAAGAUAUAAUACUCGUAACGAAAUACCAUGACCGGGUGAUCGGCACGCUCGUCCUGCGGAUCAUACACACUGAGGAGGAACUCUGGGGCCAUGUGCGGGAUGCGGUGGUACGUGAACAGCUUUAUCAGCAGCGGAAUGCUCCUUCACCUCCAGCAACAGGGUUCUGCCAGCCAGUUGUCGGCGUCAUUCGAGCAUGGACUGUGCAGCAACAUCUUAGGGGAAUCGGAGUGGGGAGGAGUCUAUUGGAGAAUGCGGUUCGGAUUUGUCGGGAGCGGGGGAUCAACGGCCCUGUGUUUUCGGAUUGUCAUGCGAAUGAGGUGCUCGGGUUGCCGGUGGUCUGUAAUGGGGAGGUUGUGAGGAGGGAGAGGUGGGCGAGGGAGGUGUUGGAGAGGGUGAAGAGGGAGGUUAAUGAUGCAGUGUAGUGUAGUGUUUAAGGGGUGAUGGUGCAGGUACCGAUGGGGGAUGUGAUGUGUGUAGUGCAGUGCAGUGCAGAUGCAUUACACCGUACGGGGUACUUUGCAUUCAACCAUGGAUAUGACGUGAAAGUCAGAGACAUGGAUGGAUGGAUGGAUGGAUGGAUGGAAUGAAUGGAAUGGAAUGGAAUGGAUGAUGAAUAGAUCCAUAGCAUAAUACUAAAAUUAACCCAUCAUCA